AAUACACAGCAGGAAAACAUCAAUUUGCCUGGUUUUGUUCUAGUUUGUCCACUUGUGAUCUCUUGUGGUGGUUGAUAUUGCCUGCAAGAUAACAACACACCAGACCAACAGACCAAGCAAGCAGGGAAUGAGUGAACGUCAACGUGGGGGUAAUUCUUUCAUAAAUCUGCCCUAUUCGUUUGAUAUAAAGCCUUCCCUUGAUUAAAAGUGUUUCUGAUGUUUGUGCCGUACAGUGGAGCCCAAACCGAAGUAAACGAAAGCGGUGAGUGAAAUAAUAUAGAAAAAUAAGCAGGUUGAAUCUCUCUCUGCGAGUUAUUUUACAGCACCGUUUUCUGUGGGCUCGCCUGUGUUGCUAUCGAUGUGGAGGCGAUGGCCUAGCUCGGGCUGGCUGAGAGUCUUCACCAGCUAUUACCGAGUCUGGGAUGGCGCCGCGUGAUCCAAUAAAGAGGAAGCCCGUGUAGUGUGGUGGGCUGCAGCAGUGUGUUGGCGGGGUUGCAGUGGUAGUGGUGUGGUAGUAGUGGUGGUGGUGGCACUGGCUGACCUGACCUCUCGAGUGUGCCUCAGUGGCCAAGACCUUCACCAUGGCUGGCAACUCCAAUACACGUCUGCUACUUGUCACAGCCAACAUUGCCUCAUGUUUUGAACAGCCCGACACCAUGCUCAAGCCAUGGAUUACAGAAUUCUUAAAGACUGUGGAAGAACAUGAGCCUCACUUCAUUGCCCUCCACUGCCAGGAGGUGGGUGGGAAGAACUAUGAGGAGAGCAUGCAACAUGUGGAACAUUUUAUCAGAUCCCUAAUGAAUAGAGGAACAAUGUUACCCUUUGACAAGAUUAGAGUCUACUUAGAUGAAGAGUAUGAAUCUGCCGAAAAGUUUACUGCACUUGGAAACCUGUACUUCAUUCAUCAAAACAUUCAUGAUGUUCAGUUAUGGGAUUUUGAGGAAAAAAAAUUUAAAGACUGUGAAGAUAGAAGAGAAUAUUCAGGAAAUAUUGAAGAUGUUACUACGAAAGAAAAGGCAAAGUUUCCCCAGGAAUUCUUCCCUGAGUGUAAAUGGUCCCGAAAAGGAUUUAUGAGGACACGUUGGUGUUUGAACGGGACCAAGUUCGAUCUUGUAAAUAUUCAUCUUUUCCAUGAUGCUUCAAAUUUUGUUGCCAUGGAUGAGUUUCCAUCAGCGUACAGUCUUAAUCGUAAGAGGGCUUUGGAACACACUCUUGACAGGUUCCACAAUGAUGGUUUUGAGAAAGUGCCAAUCUUCCUCUUCGGAGACUUCAACUUCAGACUCAACACUCAAGCAGUUGUCAAGAAAAUAAGUGAAGGCUGCAAGUUGGUGGAUGCAGAACUUCCAGACACUAGUGAGAAGGCGCAGAAUUUUACAGACAAUAAAGGCCAAGUUGUGCUGACAGUAUCGAAGAAAGCCUUCAAGCAUCGAGAACACCAAAGUGUCUUCCUUAAGGAUAAUGGUAGUUGGCUUCGUGAGUUUGACCAAGAGUUGUCUCAGUUUGGAGACAGACUAGGAGAAUUUCCUAUCACAUUUCCUCCAAGCUACCCAUUUGAAGAAGGUGCCAAAGGUGAAGGUUCUCACUACAUGCAGACACGCUGCCCUUCAUGGUGUGACCGUAUCAUCAUGGAUAAAGCCGCUAAGAAGUUAAUUGAUUCUAGCGGUGGAAAAGUGAAAUAUAAUAUAAUUGGCCUGACAACCACUAUGGGGGAUCAUAAGCCAGUGGGCCUUUGUGUGGAGAUGCCCACAGGAGCAGGUACAGUGCAAUGUUGCUCACCUCAGGCACCAUGUCGUAACUUUGUGCAUGACCCUGAUGCUCAGUGUUUCAAGCUGGCAGGCUGGUGCCUGUGUCAGUCCUACCCAUCCUGCCCACGACCUGUAGUAACACCCAUCUGUGCCAACAGUAGUACAUUGACCCCUACCCCAGUCCAGGUUCUUCCUGUGACUCUAGCCCCUGCAUGUCUCAACUCAGUAAGGGUUGACAUGUCCUUUACUCAAGAUAAUAUAAGUGUUCCCAGACAGUGUUUAGUGUCUCAGUGUGCGUGUAGUGCUGGUGUUAGUGAGGAAAAAAUAACCCAUCUGUGUCAGUGUCAUUAUGAAACCACAGAAACUCAAACAAUACCUGAAGCUGGAGUCAAGUCUGGGGACUUGCUAAGGAAUCUGUUGCUAAUAGGAGCUAGCAGUGAUGAAGGACCCAGUGAAGAAAACAGUGACCAACUCUUGAAAAGAGUCAACUCUGCACCUAACACUAACAUUGUUCCCCUCAAACCUCUCCACCACAUUCCUCUGGCAUCUUCACACUCCCUUGAUACAGGUCGCUGCAUUCACCAAACAUAUCCACCUAAUGCUAAGUUGAGACUCAGAGCUUCCUCUUCUAGAUUUUUAUCACAUCAUAGCUCUUCGACUGAAGAAUGGUUUGAGGAAGUGCUUAUAUCUCAGGGUACAAAUAAAUGUGAUGACAAUUCUUGUAGUAAAAGUGUGCUUCCUGCCUCAUCACAGCCCAAAGAGUCUACUAAUAAGGCAGACUCAACUCCAUUCAUCUCACAGAAUUUUAUCAUAAUGGAUGGGAAAUUGCCAGUGUCAGGGGAGAAUCAAGAUGGCACUGUGUGGGACCCCAUCAGUCAGGCAACAAAGGAAUCUGGUGGUGACAGCCUAGGUGCUGAGAGCAUGAGUGAGUGUAGUGCACAGAGGGAAGAAUGUCAAAGCACAAAAAAAUUUUGUAUGGAUCAUGAGCACUCAAGCACUGAACAUCAUUCCCUGAACAACCUGCUCCUAGCAGACAGCUGCGAUCAACUCUCUGCUAAGAACCUUACACAUUCUGAGUCCAGUCUGAGUGUUCACUACAGUGAAGAUAGUGUUUCUACUGCUGGGAGACUCCUCAAGGAUGGGGAAACUGUGUCAGAGGCACCCACCUUUGACAUAGCAGAUGUUGACCCUAGUGAUGUAUGCUCUUCCAAGCCACAUAAAAUUACCCCAAAACCUUGCAGCAAGUCCAGUGCUGACAUGUCUGAGAACCCUCCUGGCCAGUGCUGUUGUGUUCUGUCCUAACCUUGGCUGCAUUUACCUUCCUGUAGUGCCCAAUGAUGGGACUCCAGUUGACGAGCCGGUGUGGCAGCUGAGGAACCUGAAGGAGGCAAUCAGUCCUUCUAGUAACCCAGCAGAGUCAACCCAAGAGAGUGAGGAGCCAGAGUCACAGGCCAUGUGGUGUGAGCCACCAGGCAUUGUGGC